UCAUUUAUGAGGACCAAAAUGCACAUACUAGUUUAGUCUUUUUAGCUGAAGAAAAGAAUCAUAUUCCUUUUUAUGUUGGCGCGUAAAUAAGAAAACAAGCUGAUUUUCUCAUUUCAAUUUAGGGUUCCAUUUUUUCGUUCAAAUGGCGGAAGCAAAUAGUUUCGCUAUUUCUUCUUCCUUCCUCAAACAAGUAUACUUGUAUGAUUGGUGGUUGAUUAAAGUUGAAAUUGGCGAUGGAUGCAAGCGAUUGGGUGUUGGAGGUUUCACUGCUAAAGAGAGACCAGAUGGAAGAGUUUUUCACUCCAUAACAAUUGCAAAGAGGCAUGAUACUGUCACUUUAGUGUCAGUGGAUGGCAUCACCAUUCUUCUUAGCGGUUUCAUUAAUAGGCGUCGAACACUUCAAAAUGGCUUCUCAUCGGAGGUUUGCAAGCAGUUCCUUCUUGGAUUUCCACAUAACUGGAAAGAGUCUGCUGCUCUAUCAUUUGGAGAAUCAACCAAUGAAGAUGCAGCCAUGGGAAUUUCUGAUUUGUCAGAGUCGGCAAAUGCAUCAGCUGGUCAUGCAAGUAGCUCCUUCUCAGUGUCUGUUGAUCAUCUUCCCGCCAAUGUUUUACGAGAUCUCUUAAUCUCGGGUGCUGGUGAUGCAGAAAGCGGCAUGCUAAGAAAGAGUAUUUUUAAUGAAAUAGUGCAAAAAUAUGGCAACAAUGCUUUUAAUGUUGAUAAUGAAAUAGUGCAAAAAUAUGGCAACAAUGCUUUUAAUGUUGAUGAAGCUUCUACUUUGAACCCAAUAAGUGGUAAUCAGGUCACAACUGGAAGUCCUUCUCUGAAUGAAAGUCCUAGUCGAAAGAAGAAAGGUAAAAACAACUGGAAGCAAGAGGAUAGCUGUAUACCAGAUGAAAAAUCUGGAAAAGAAGAUUUGCAGGAAGUUACUCCGGAAGAUAUGCCAGAAAAGAGAGUUCUGGAUAGAUUACUGCAUAAAGGUGGUGGUGACGCUUUUAUCGCCAGUGAAAUGUCCUGUUUGAACCAAAAAAGUGGCGAUCAAGUCACAACCCAAAGUCCUUCACUGAAUGAAAGUUGUAGUAAAAAGAAGAAAGCUAAAACAAACCGGAAGCAAGAGCAUAGCUUUAUACCAGAUGCAAAAUCUGGAAAAGAUGACUUGCAGGAAGCUACUCCAAAGGAUAUGCCAGAAAAGAGAGUUUCGGAGAGACUACUGCUUAAAAGUGGUGUCAAUGCUUCAAUCGUUGGUGAAAAUUCUUGUUUGAACAAAAAAAGUGGUAAUCAACUCAUAAGCAGAGGUCCUUCACUGGAUGAAACUCCUCAAAAGAAGAAAACUGCAGCUAAUUUUAGGAAAGAAGAUGAUAACCAUGUGUCCAAUGCACAAUGUGGAAAAGAAGUGCUUCGGAAAUGUAAUGAUGAGAGUGGAGCAUACUUUGAUAAGAAUAGCUCAAGUAGCAGCCUUUUAACAAGAAGCAAAGCUUGCUUAUAUAAGGAAACUAAAGUUUACCAGAAGCAAGAAGAAAAUAGAGAUGUGCACAAAGUAGCAUCUGGACAUGGAGUUUUUGGGACAGUAAAUACCACUAGCUCGAGUAAUGGUCCAUUGACAAGAAGUAGAGCUAAAAAACACAUUAAAAGAACACGUUCAAGAAGGAAAUAGAUAUCUAUGAAGGUGUUAUGGGAGUUUGGUUGUGCAGAUUAGCUACCCGUGGAUAUUGAUAUGGAAGUUCCUUAAAUCAGUUGUUCGAAAUUUGAAGGUUAUAUUUUCCUUGUUUUUGUUAUGGAUUACAUCACACCUGAAUUUUGUGGGUAUCAAAUGGUCCAUGCCUGGGAGUACAUGUAUGAUCUUUUCUGAUGUUGGUGUAAAUAUGGACAAGACAAAAUAAUAAAUAGCUGGUGGGAAUACUGCUCCUUGUACUGGUGUGUGGUUUGGAAAGAAAGAAACUUCAUGUGUUUUGAAGAGAAGCACAGAUCUUUACAGAGGUUAAAAUUAGAUGAUCUUUUGAUGUUUCAUUCUUGUUGUGAACUGAAAUAUGUUAACGAGACAAACUCUAUUAUAGUUCAUAGAGUCCCUCUAAGUUUAGCAGAGGUCAUGCUUUUGGUUUGUUUUGCUCGUAUGUAAAGAAUUUACAGCACUCCCCUUGUGCUGUUUUAUGAAUACAAUUACAAUCAUUCCUUUCCUAAAAGAAGAGAAGUUGGUAUGGAAGAACUGUUGUGCCGUGGAAA